AGCACACACAUUUGUAUAGAGCAGAGUCCUCAGGCCUCCACAAUGUCAGCUCCUGCCUCCGGACUCAGCUCUCCUACUUACCUGCUGCUGGCUCUGCUGUUGGGACUCACAGAUGUGGCAGGUGAGGUGGAGCUACAGGUGAUCCAGCCUGAGAAGUCAGUGUCUGUUGCAGCUGGACAGACUGCCACUCUGUACUGCACCCUGACCUCUAUGCUCCCCACUGGGACGGUUAAGUGGUUCAGGGGGACAGGGCCAGGCCGACAAUUAAUCUUCAGCUUCAAAGGAGGCCACUUUCCCCGAAUAACAAAUCUUUCAGAUGUCACAAAGAGAAACAACAUGGACUUUUCCAUCCGCAUCAAUAACAUCACUCCAACAGACACGGGAACCUACUAUUGUGUAAAGUGCCAGAAAGGAAACCCCGAUGUGGAGUUCAAGUCUGGACCAGGCACUCAGGUCACUGUGAGUGCCAAACCCUCUCCCCCCGUGGUGUCUGGCCCCACGGCCAGGGCCACGCCUCAGCAGACAGUUUGCUUCACCUGCAAGUCUCACGGCUUCUCCCCCAGAAGCAUCACCCUGAGAUGGUUCAAAAACGGGAAUGAACUGACAGCCUCUCAGACCACUGUGUACCCAGAGGAAGACAACGCUUCCUACAGCAUCUCUAGCACAACCAAGCUGGUGCUGGCCUCGGGAGACGUUCGCUCCCAAGUCAUCUGCGAGGUGGCCCACGUGACCCUACAGGGGGGCCCUCCUCUUCGUGGGACUGCCAACUUGUCUGAGGUCCUCCAAGUUCCGCCCACCUUGGUGGUUGCCCAGAAAUUCGUGGCAGGGGAUCAGGUGAAUGUCACUUGUGAAGCCAAGAAGUUCUACCCACAGCAUCUGCAGGUGACUUGGUUGGAAAAUGGAAACAUGUCCCAAACAGAAACAGUCUCGAGCUUCAUAGAGAACAAGGAUGGGACCUUUAACUGGAUGAGCUGGCUCCUGGUAAAUUUAUCUGUCCACACCGAUGAAGUGGUGCUCACUUGUAAGGUGCAGCAUGAUGGGCAGCGGGCAGUUGCCAAAAGCUGUAUACUGGAGACCUCUGCCCACCAAAAGGACCAAUGCAGAGAUAAAAACGUUGACCCAAAGCUAUCUCCUCUACUUCUGGUGAUUGUCUUCCUGGGCCCCAAGCUGCUGCUGCUCAUCACUGUCUCUGCCACUUAUGCCCACAGGAAGCAAGGGCUUGACUAUGAGUUUGUAAAUAAAACUUGA